AUGAGCAAUCUUGACGAGUGGGUACACAAUGCAAACGAAUGUAUUACUAUUGUUCAAAAAAAUGAAAAGGGAGAAAUUGACUGUAAAUUUCAUCCUACUUUUACCUAUAAUAUUUUUGGGGACUCGGAAGUUCUGUACGGCUAUAAAAAUCUUAACAUAGAGAUUCAAUAUGCAUUACCUUCAAUGAAACCAGAGUUGAAAGUUGUGUAUUCCGAUCGACUUGCUCCAGAAUCCGGAGUAGAACCGACAAACGUUGAUGAAACGUUGUCGAAAUACUUGAGAGAUGAUCGGGUUCCAGAAAACUUGAAGCCGGUUAACGUUCAUGAUAUCCCUGUCCUUGAAAAUUAUUCUUUUGAUGAACGAAACUUUUGUAUACUGAAGAGUAAACCUAGUGACAUUGGUGCAAUUAUGCAGUAUCUACAAAUUUUUUCUUUAUUCUUUAUCGAGGGUGGGUCCUUUAUUGAUAUAUUUGAUCCCAAAUGGACCAUUUAUUUAUUAUAUGAAAUCAACGAUGAGCAGUAUUACUUAAGAGGGUAUUGUACUGCUUACAAUUACUACAAAUGGGAUAAGACCAAAACCGACGGUGAGCGGCCUCGUAUUUCUCAGUUUGUGAUACUUCCUCCUUUUCAAAAAGAAGGUCAUGGUUCUAGGCUUUACAACGCUAUUGUAAACAUAUUUUUACAGGAUUCAAAAGUUCUUGAGUUCUCUGUGGAGGACUCAUCUGAAGCGUUUGAUGCUCUUCGUGACCGUUGUGAUUUCCAACGACUAAAAUCCAUGAACAUUUUUACCAGUCCAGGGUUCCAUUUGCCUCUCUCAAAGGAGUGGUUGCACUCGCAAAGAUCAGCCACUAAGCUACCACCGCGCCAGUUUCUUCGCUGCUGUGAGAUUGCUCUUACCAUGAAACUGAAAAAUCUGACCCUCUUGGAGAGGAAAGCACUUCGUCUCCUUAUCAAGGAAAGAAUAUUUCGUCAAAAUCUGGAUGUCUUGCUACAAUUAGACCGUCCUGAUCGCCUUGACAAAAUCCAAGGAGCCUACCAAAAUCAACUUGAUGAAUACAAAAAGAUCGCAAAAAAGCUACCAAAGUUAUCCAAGCAGGAAUCCAGAAAGCGACAGAAAACAAAAUAG